AUGCAGUUCUCCGUAUGUUUGGUAUGGCUCGUGACAGCAGUCGUUGCUGUGAGAACACAAUCAACCCAGGGAAUCCUUGACUUGGUAAAACGACGACUCCCAGAUCAUGUAGAUAUAUUUGAGUUUCGUCUCACUGGGAAUGAGACUUUUCCAAUUUCGACAGCGAUUAGAGAUAUCAACGAUGAGUAUACCAUUUCGUCUACGCCGGAAGGAAAGAUUCUCGUGGAGGGGAACUCGGCCAUUGCACUGGCGAGCGGAUUGCAUCGAUAUUUAGCAGAUACUGUACAUGUUGAUAUUUUUUGGUUUAUUGGGAGUCGUUUAGAUACAGAACCUUCGAAUCUGCCUCCCUUGGAUCAGCCCAUAAGUGGUUCAAGCAUCGUUCCUUGGAGGUAUCAUUUCAAUACAGUCACUUUCUCUUACACUUCUGCAUUCUGGACAUGGGAGGACUGGGAACUAGAGCUUGAUUGGCUAGCUCUACGGGGUGUUAACUUGCCUCUUGCCUGGGUCGGGCAGGAGAAGAUCCUUGUGGAAGCAUUCCGAGAAUUAGGUUUCAACGAUGCCGAAAUCAACACUUAUCUAAGCGGACCAGCCUUCCAAGCAUGGAAUCGUUUUGGCAAUAUACAAGGUUCUUGGGGAGGAGACUUACCCAUGGAGUGGAUCGACGACCAAUUCGAAUUGCAGAAAAACAUUACCAAACGUAUGGUUGAUCUGGGAAUGACUCCUGUGCUUCCAUGCUUUACUGGCUUCAUCCCAAUGGCGAUUACCCGAGUGCUACCAAAUGCAACCGUUGUCAAUGGCUCUGCUUGGAAUGGAUUCUCUACUCAGUAUACCAAUGUUACUUUCCUGGAGCCGGUUGAUCCUGCGUUUGAGAAAUUGCAGAUAAGCUUCAUUUCCAAACAAGCUGAAGCUUUGGGCAAUAUCACUCACUUCUAUACGCUUGAUCAGUACAACGAGAACGAUCCUUUCUCGAACUCCACUGACUAUCUGAGUGGGGUUUCGAAUAACACCAUGAAAAGUUUGAAAGUCGCCGACCCAGAUGCAAUUUGGCUCAUGCAGGGAUGGCUCUUCUAUUCCAGCUCUACGUUCUGGACAGGACCAAACGUUGAAGCUUAUCUAGGAGGAGUCUCAGACAACAGUGACAUGUUAGUCUUGGAUUUGUACUCGGAGUCCCAACCUCAAUGGAACAAUGCUAGGGUAAAGUCCUACUACGGCAAGCCUUGGAUAUGGUGUCAACUCCACGAUUAUGGAGGAAAUAUGGGAUUAUAUGGACAGAUCUUGAACGUCACUAUUAAUCCAAUUGAGGCACUUGCUAAUGCGAGUUCGGGCUCAUUGGUUGGAUUUGGGCUCACAAUGGAAGGCCAGGAAGGUAAUGAGAUCAUGUAUGAUUUACUCCUUGAUCAAGCUUGGUCGGAAUCCCCCAUCGAUACUGAGGCCUACUUCUACAACUGGGUGACACGUCGGUACUCCGGCAAUGGGCCUAUUCCUUCUGAUCUAUACACAGCAUGGGACAUGAUGCGAACAACAGUCUACAACAACACAAAUGUCACUACGCAAGCUGUUAGCAAAUCCGUCUUUGAACUGUCGCCAAAUAUUACAGCCAUUCUAGGACGAACAGGACACCACGCCACAGCCGUGACAUAUGAUCCAUCCACCCUCACGGAUGCAUGGCAUCUCAUGUACUCGGCGACAACGAGUAAUCCUUCUCUAUGGGAUAACCCGGCCUUUCAAUACGAUAUGGUAGAUGUCACGAGGCAGGUGUUCAGCAAUAACUUCAACGUUGUCUAUAGUUCCCUCAUCUCAGCCUACAAAUAUCCAUCGGGAUCCACAAAUUCCACAAUCGCAACUCUCUCCCAGAACCUCACUAGUCUUCUUAGCACCCUAGACUCCGUCCUGCUAACGAACCCCUCUUUUUCCCUCUCUACAUGGAUCAACGCCGCGCGCUCCCAAACCGACAAUACCACAUUACAGUCUUUCUACGAAUAUAAUGCUCGCAAUCAGAUCACGCUGUGGGGUCCAAAUGGGGAGAUCAAUGAUUACGCAUCGAAGAGCUGGGGAGGGUUGGUCAGUGGUUAUUAUAUACCGCGGUGGGAGAUCUUUGGGCAGUAUUUGACUGAGGUGCCGUUUGUAAAUUACAAUGCUACGGUGUUGAGUAAGAGGCUGCUGGAUUUUGAAGAGGGAUGGCAGAAUGGGACGAGUGUUCAGAAGGUGGGUGUUCAGGAGAAUUUGAAGAGUAUUCUGGGAGAUAUUAUGUGA